UCCAGUCAGCAGAUGGCGGUUUGGGAAUUUAAGGUUGUGGACGGAACGCUUCUUUCAGCAGCAGCAACAGUUAGUCAGCCACCUCGGUAGCUUGCUAGACAAAAUAGCCGAACCAAUAAAGCUCUUCAGACGCUUUAGUGUAUAUUAGCCACUGUGUUUUAAACCCAUUUCUGUCGUCUAGUUAGUUAUCCGCUUUAAUUUCAUAUUUACGGUGUUGUUGUUAUUAGUCAGCUAGCGGGCUGGUUAAGUUCGCAUUAGCCUAGCUAGCUAACAUCUCCGACCAUGUGGCCAGUAAGCUACUCUCCUAAUGAAGAGGAGGAUAUCACAAUAAAACAAGAAGUAGAGGGUGAGGCCGUUAUUGUGAAAGAAGAGAAAGACGCGUUCAGAGUGAAAGAGGAGGAGGAUGCAGUUUAUGGAUUGAAAGAGGAGGAGGGGGAGUUGACUGUCCCGUCCAAAAAGGACGAGGAGGACCCUGGAUAUCUGGGUCCGGUUUCCCAAACGCAUCUUAAGGUGUCCGAUGGUUCUAACGGUGCAGUUAGCCAUAAGAUGGUUUUGAGAAACCGUUCCCUGAUUAACACUAGAGAGAUACAGGACUAUCGUGGAUCCUCUGGGGAGCCUGAACAACCUCAUGAUGCUGAUGAGGCAGAGAAGAGUCUCUCCACAUCAGGACAUGUCAAGAAACACCUGCAGAGACCCACUGGGAAGAGAACUCACUGCUGCUCUGACUGUGGGAAGAGAUUCACCUCCUCAUCAGGCAUUAAAAUUCAUCAUAGAACACACACAGGAGAGAAACCUUAUAGCUGUGACCAAUGUGGGAAGAGUUUUACUUCAUCUAUCAGUCUUAUUGUACACCAGAGAACACACACAGGAGAGAAAUCUUACAGUUGUGAUCAAUGUGGGAAGAGUUUUACUUCAUCUAGUGGUCUUAUUGUACACCAGAGAACACACACAGGAGAGAAAUGUUAUAGCUGUGAUCAAUGUGGGAAGAGUUUUAAUUCAUCUAGCAGUCUUAUUGUACACCAGAGAACACACACAGGAGAGAAACCUUACAGUUGUGAUCAAUGUGGGAAGAGUUUUACUUCAUCUAGUGGUCUUAUUGUACACCAGAGAACACACACAGGAGAGAAACCUUAUAGCUGUGGUCAAUGUGGGAAGAGUUUUGCUAGAUCAAACAUUCUGACAUUCCACCAGAGAAUACACACAGGAGAGAAACCUUAUAGCUGUGACCAAUGUGGGAAGAGUUUUACUUCAUCUAGCAGUCUUAUUGUACACCAGAGAACACACACAGGAGAGAAAUCUUACAGUUGUGAUCAAUGUGGGAAGAGUUUUACUUCAUCUAGUGGUCUUAUUGUACACCAGAGAACACACACAGGAGAGAAACCUUAUAGCUGUGAUCAAUGUGGGAAGAGUUUUAAUUCAUCUAGCUGUCUUACUGUACACCAGAGAACACACACAGGAGAGAAACCUUUUAGCUGUGGUCAAUGUGGGAAUAGAUUUACGACAUCUGGUUCUCUGACUGUACACCAAAGAACACACACAGGAGAGAAACCUCAUAGCUGUAAUCAAUGUGGGAAGAGAUACUCUGAUAAAAGAUCUCUGAUUAAACAUCAGAAAAUACAUGAAGGAGUUGUUUCAUGAUAUCAAUGAAUUAAUGUCACAAUGUAGAUUGUUUUAACAUUGUAGGAGUAUUUUUAUGAUGUCACAAUGAAGCUUAAAUAUUUUCCCCCUUAUCAAUUGAUUUUAACAUGAUAUGGAUAUUAGCCCCAGGGGCUAAAUACAGGCUCUGAAAUGAAAUAGUUACUAUUUAUGAGAUUUAAUAAAAAGUGACUAACAAAAAAAAAGUUUGUUAGCACGUAUAGCUCGUUAGUCAGUAUGUGUUACACCUGUGCUGGCUUGUCCAUCUCGUUAGUGGGAACGUGUUUCAC